AAGGAAGGGGACCAAAGAAAAAAAAAGCCCCCAACAAGCGGCGGCUGUUGCUGUUGCUGCUGCUGCUGCUGCCGAUCAGCGUAAGGCAGACCAGGAAACUUCAGCACCACCAAGCGAAGGACCGACGCGAGCGGCAGCAGCAGCAUGGCUCGUCUCAGGCGCCAAUGUCACCUGGUGGUGCUGAUCUUCUUGGCAGCCCUCAGCGGCGAGAGCAGGUUCCUCGAGGUGAAGGACGCGGGCGCGGCGGGCGAGCCCUUCCUCCUGUUCAACGCCGAGCUGAAGAGGGAGCUCUCCGAAGGGCAGACCUACCGCCGGGCGCUGCGGUGCAUCGACAUGUUAAGCAUAGAAGGACAGUUCACCUUCACUGCAGAGCAACCCCAGCUGCAUUGUGCUAUUUUCUUCAUAGCAGACCCCGAGGAGUUAAUCACAAUAGACUUUGAGCUUGUCAACAUUGACUGUCGAGCAGGAGAUUUUCUGAAGGUGUUCGAUGGCUGGAUACUGAAAGGGGAGAAGUUUCCUAGCUCGUUGGAUCAUCCUCUCCCUACCUCUGAAAGAUAUAUCGAUUUCUGUGAAGAUGAUCACAUCAGGAGUACCAUCUGGUCUUCCCAGAAUGUGGCAAUGAUCUUCUUCAGGAUUCAUGACCCAGGAAACGGAUUCACAUUGGCAAUAAAGAAAAAAACCAAUCUUUUUCCUUGCAAUGUCAUCUCUCAGACCCCUGCUGGAAGGUUUACCAUGGUCAUUCCUCAUCAGCACAGAAACUGCAGCUUUUCCAUAAUCUACCCAGUGAUGAUAAAAAUAUAUGAUAUUAUGCUGGGCCACUUGAAUAGCCUCCACUUAAAGAAAUCUUCUGGAGGCUGUGGUGGUGUGGGGGAUUUUGUGGAGCUGUUGGGAGGAAAUGGGUUAGAUCCCUCUAAGAUGUUUCCUUUAGCUGAUCUAUGCCACUCCUUCCAUGGCCCCGCUCAAAUGAAGAUUGGCUGUGACAAUACUGUGCUGCGAAUGGUCUCCAGUGGCAAACAUAUCAAUCGUGUAACAUUUGAGUAUCAUCAGCUUGACCAAAACGAACUGGAAAACAGAAAGGAGAACAGCCUUGAGGAAUUCUGUUUCUCAAGUGUUUGAAAGUAGACGGGUCACUUCUGGUUGUAAUGUACUAUUAAUUUUGAGUUGCUAACUUUAUGAAACCUUUCUAGUAUAUAAACACCUAUCUUUUCAUACAAAAUUGUUACUUCCAUGAUCAGACAGUAUUAAUCUUAGCAUUCAAAACAUAUUGUCCUCCCCUGUCUUUCAAUGUAUUUAGUAUACCCAAUAUACACAAAUCCAUAUGGAUUCUGAAAACAAUACUCAUGCAUGUGUCCACCCACUGAUUUAAAACACACACACACACACACACACACACAACCCCCAGAUCAGGGCAUAUGUUCCCAAUGUAAGUAUUAUUUCAAAUACUUGCAGCACUUUAAAACAUUGUUUUGAAUGCACAUUCAAAGUUUAGAAUGCUGUGAAGUUUAGUUAACAAUUCCCCCCUUUCCCCAUCAAUUUCAGGUAUUAAAAAGAUACAUAUGGUGGUAUUACACUUCUGUUUUAUGAGAGCAUUCUGUAUUAGUGUGUGUGCAAAUUAGAAACAUUAAUUUAUUAAUACAAAUGUAUAAUUUGUUGUUUUUAAUAAAAUUUAUAGCAUGAGAAGGUU